GCCGGGCCGGAGCCGAGGCGACCGGGCGGCGCGCCGGACGGGCUGUGGGGCGCAGGGCGGCCGGACCUGGGCCGCGGCGGGGUCGCGAGGGCUGGCACCUGUGCAUGUGCAGACCCCAACCCCUUCCUUUCUUCUUGAACUGGACACCUCUAGAUUCAGCUUUUCCCAGUAACCAGUAACCAGCCUGCAGGGUUGAUUAGGAAAUUGAAAUAGUGGAACAAUAUAAAGAGCCAGACUGGCCGUCAUGGAGGAGCUGCAGCACUCACACUGCACAAACUGUGUCAGCAGACGGUGUAUGGCCAGACCGGAGCCCGGGAUUUCCUGUGAUUUGAUUGGUUGUCCUUUGGUUUGUGGGGCAGUUUUCCAUUCUUGCAAGGCUGAUGAACAUCGGCUUCUUUGUCCACUUGAACGGGUGCCAUGCUUAAAUAGUGACUUUGGAUGUCCGUUUACAAUGGCCCGAAAUAAAGUUGCUGAACAUCUAGAAGCAUGUCCUGCAAGCGUGGUGUGCUGCACUAUGGAGUGGAACCGAUGGCCAGUUAGUUACGCAGACCGGAAAUCCUAUGAGAAUCUAAGCAGAGAUGUUGAUGAAGUGGCACAAUUAGAUAUGGCCUUGGCCCUCCAAGACCAAAGGAUGCUCUUAGAAUCUCUCAAAGUAGCUACCAUGAUGUCAAAAGUGACUGACAAAAUAUCAGAGCCUAGAGAACAAAUUUCAGUUAAAUCUAGUGUCCCAGACAUACCACACACUAAUGGUUUGGUGUCUGUUGAUGAAGAAUCUUAUGGUGCACUUUAUCAAGCUACUGUAGAAACAACCAGAAGUUUGGCUGCUGCUUUAGAUAUUUUGAAUACUGCCACAAGAGACAUUGGCAGGCUAGGUGCAAGUCUUUGUGCUUCUCAAGAUGAAAUGGAUGAAGAACAAAAUGCCAGAGAAAGCUCCCAUGAUAGGAGCUUAAAAGACCAGGUCCAUCUUUCUGAGGAUGACAUAGGAGCAGUAGGUGGAAUCAGCUGCAGUGACACAAGUGAGAAUGGCCAGUCUGAACAAAAUGGUUCAAGUGAUUUACUAUGUGGCUUGAAUACAGGUUCUUAUGGUACUUCCAUUCUUUGUAAUGGCUUUCCUGUGGAAGACAUAUGCACACAGGCCAUAGACUCAAAGCAGAGUAACUUAACAAAUGGGGAAUGUGUGGCAUCAGAGGGCACUUCUGAGCUUUCCAGUCCUCUGUCAGUAGCAGCACAGCUCCGGGAAGUGCUACCCUCGAGUGCUCUGCCGAACGGCACGUUGCCGCACAUCCUCCUGCCAGGUGGUGAGGACGGAAGAGAACUGUACUGGAGAGAAGGAGGCCUGGGGGACCUGAGGAACCUGGAUGUCUUGUCUUUCGGUCAUCCUCCUUCGCUCAAAUUUUUGUCCAGUUCAUGUUGGUCCAAACCAAAGGAGGAUAAAGCCGUCGAUACGUCGGAUUUGGAAGUUGCAGAAGAUCCCAUGGGCCUCCAGGGAAUAGAUCUGAUCACGGCGGCGUUGCUGUUUUGUCUAGGGGAUUCUCCAGGUGGGAGGGGCAUUGCUGACAGUCGCAUGGUUGAUGUUUAUCACGUUGACUUUGGGACUCAGACGUUCUCACUUCCGUCUGCAAUAUUGGCUACAAAUACAAUGGUUGGGGAGAUAGCUUCGGCUUCAGCUUGUGACCAUGCCAACCCACAGCUUUCAAAUCCAAGUCCUUUUCAGACUCUUGGGCUGGAUUUAGUAUUGGAAUGUGUUGCCAGGUACCAGCCUAAGCAGCGCUCAAUGUUUACCUUUGUCUGUGGACAGUUAUUCAGAAGAAAAGAGUUUUCUUCACAUUUUAAGAACGUGCAUGGUGACAUCCACGCGGGGCUCAACGGCUGGAUGGAGCAGAGGUGCCCUUUGGCUUAUUACGGUUGUUCCUAUUCUCAGCGCAGGUUUUGCCCUUCAACCCAGGGAGCAAAGAUCAUCCAUGACCGCCACCUGCGGUCCUUCGGCGUUCAGCCAUGCGUAUCCACAGCGUUGGUGGAGCCAGCCAGGAACUGUGUGCUGGGACUACACAGUGACCAUCUAAGUGGUCUGCCUUUCGAGGUCCUGCAGCACAUUGCGGGCUUCCUCGAUGGCUUCAGUUUGUGCCAGCUCGCGUGUGUCUCCAGGUUGAUGCGGGAUGUGUGUGGCAGCCUGCUUCAGUCUCGUGGGAUGGUCAUCCUUCAGUGGGGGAAAAAGAAGCAUCCGGAUGGAAAUUCAUCAUGGCAAAUAAAAGAAAAGGUGUGGCGGUUCAGUACUGCCUUUUGUUCUGUUAACGAGUGGAAGUUCGCUGACAUCCUAAGCAUGGCUGACCACCUUAAGAGAUGCAGCUACAACGUGGUAGAGAGACGGGAGGACGCGGUGCCGCUGCCGUGUAUGUGUGUGACUCGGGAACUCACUAAGGAAGGACGCUCCCUGCGCUCGGUUUUGAAGCCUGUGCUUUAGAAAUUAUCACUCCAUUUGCACACACAUGCAAACACCUAGUCUUUGUAAUACAUGACACUUUAUUAAUGUAUUAAAGUUAUAACUAGCUGCAUUUAUUGUCACUAUGUAUAUAAUGUUUUGAAGUGACAUAUAUUUUUAUAAAAUAAGUACUGUUUAGUUGGAAAAACAUUGCCUUAAUGUUUGAAAUGUGUGAAACUUUUGGAACUUGCUGGACAGGGUGAUUUUAAUCUAACUGCUCAAAAAUUAGUAUUUUUGAUGGUGUGCAUAUUUUGGUUCUUAAAUUUUUGGCUUCUUAAACUAAUAAGAUCCUGACCAAACACUUUAUUCCUCAUAUUUUCUCUGGGCUGUAACCCAUGCAUUCAAAAAGUGAAACUUUUUUGCUGGGUUCUUAAUUGUGUAGAAGAAUAAGAACCUAGAUUAAGAUAAAACAUUCAACUGCUUAAACACUGUCCUAAGAUCACUGUAAAGUUUUAAUCUUCACAUGUCCCCUUACGCAAUUGCUGAUAUGUAGAAGACCUCUAAAAUAUACCUAAAAAUAUACCUUAUAAUCAUGACUAGUGUUUGGUAAUGCUAUUUAUCAUUUUUAAAAUAUAAUCCACAAAGCUGUGUUUGUCUUGCAUAUUUACAGCUCUCAACAGAGAGCAACCAUAUUCUUUUCAUUCACAUCCAACGUGUGACAAGUUAAGGCAAAAACAAACAGAAGGCCUCUGAAUUUACUUUAAUUUGAAACUGCUCGCGGUGUUUUAUAUUUGCUAGAUAUUAUUUAAUAUUUGGAGAGAAGAAAAUAUACCUCAUUUUAAGUUUGAAUUGGUCAUAUUCUGUGAAUAGAUUUUAAAUUUUCCAAAAGGGCUUAACUAUUUUUAUUUCAUAAGCAUUUUAAAAUUUUGCCUUUUGAUGUUUAUAAAAAAUCCAACUAUGUUGUUUUAAGACAUUUAAAAAUGUGAAAUUUGGUAUAUUCUUUGUAAGGUGACAAUCAUGAAAUGCAGAAACCUAUCUUAGUUGGCAAUCUCUUUAAACAUUUCCAAAUUAAUUUAUCAUAGGCUGCUCAAACAAAAAUGAAUGUGUCUUUGUAUAAAGAUCAAGAUAUAAUAGAAAAAAUAUUCAAGGACCUAUUCUUGAAGUAGUUAUAGUGUUAAACUGACCUGAUGUGGUCAGUUUAAGAAAAUGAAUUUUUCAGUGUUUAGAAUAACAUUGCAAAGAUGGGGACAUGUACUUAAAUUAUUUGUUUUAAGUAACUUCUGCCAUUUGAUAGUCUGAAAUGGUGGCAUGUUACCUUGUUAUAAAUAUCAAAACCCUAUUGUGUCUUCCCCUCCUACAUUUGUCCCUGAGAGAGCUACAUUGUUACGAGGUUCUUGCUUCCCAUAUAUGGCGCACAGGCUGGGCUGAGGUGUUCUUUGGGUAGUAGAGAAGAAUUCUCAUCUGCUUAAGACUUGUUUUGUUGGAUCAAGCCCUUAGUACAGUUGAAAGAUACAGCAUUAAAGACUGAUCAAUUGUUUUGCCACACCUGCUAUUUUAAUUAGUAGAAUACUUAUUCCUCAGCACUUAAAAUUUCUUUUUCAACUGUAAGAUUGAAUUACAUUAACAGUCUCAAUGUCUACAAAAAAAACAGAAGGUAUUGAAGAGUGUAAAAUGUGAUUCUACCUUUUAAGGUUUUGCAGAGGAAGGUGAUGUGGUUAGGAGGGCUCCAUGGUAGUGCAUUUUUAAAUCCAUCUUGCUUCCACACUGGCUCAUGAAAUUUUGAACAUUUUUCUACCUUAUUUCUUUUCUUUCACACAUCUUUGGCUGUUCUCUCUUUUGUUUGUGUUAUGCCACCAUACUAUUAAGUUAAAAUGUUUUCUUUGUGCAACGUUUGUUCAAAUUCUAAUAAAAUUAAUGUUUUCCCUUUAUAUGGCUCAGUAACCUAAAAACAAAAGCUUUCAUUUAAAUAAAAAUAUAAUAGUUGUUUGACAAAUUCCAAGUAUAAUUAUCCUGUUUCUGCAGUGUGGACUUUCUGUGUGCUGGAAGAGUUAUUGAUUGACUACCAUUGCUUACCUGUGUUUUAUUGGUGAGCAUUACAUUUUUUGUUUAAUAUGGAAAACUCAUUACUUAGCUUUUCUCUGCCCCUUCAGUAUCUUGAAAGUAGUCUCACCUAGAGGUAUUGAAGGGCCACAGAGCUUCUGGCAUGAUUAUUUCUCUAAAACUUGUAAUGGGAGCAAUCUAGCUUGCUUUUUGAGCAUGGAAAGGUUUGUAUGUUGGCCAAGUAGAUUGUCUCUUGAGAAAUCUUUGAUGAUUCUUUGGUCUUUGCUAACCAGCAAGAUAAAGGACAAACAUCCGAACGGAGAGAAAUACCUGAAUUCACUCUUAUCCCCGGCCUCCUCCCAGGUCUGCCUGUUAGUCUGUGUCUCUAGUUGGUUUUUGAGGUUCCCAGGUCACUUCUGGCAGUGGUUCCCAGAGUGUGGUGUCUGGACCAGCAGUAGCGGCCUCACCUAGGAACUUGUUAGAAAUACAGAUUCCUUGGCCUCACCCCAGAUUUACCGAGUCAGAAGCUCUGGGGUAGGAUCCAGCAAUUUCUGUUUCAAGUCCUCGAGGUGAUUCUGGUACAGGGUAAAGCAUGCAACUUAGAGGAAACGCCCUCUUGAACGAUGUAUUAUUAGAACAUAUACAUGUGCAUGAGUGUUAUCCAAACUUGAGUGUAGUGGUACUUUAUUAAUAUUAAUUAAUGUUACAAUUUUUAAAAAUGUGAUAUACGUUAGUUGUCUCAAACCUACAGCCAUAUGACAAAAUAAGUCGGGUACUAUGAUUGUUUGAAUUUUUUAACUGUAUUUACUAUAUUUAAAAUUUGUUAUUACUAAUAGUAUUACACUAGUGUUCUCUGUGUUAAGGUAAAUUGCAGUGCCACUUUAGUUCCUUUAGUCACCUUUGUCCUCACUCUUGUUUAGUGGUUGCAGAGUAAUGUGAACAUGUUAGAUUAUUAGGAUAAGCAAAGAGAUUAGAGUAGAACAAUACUGGAUAAAUCCUGCAAGGAUAUUUGUAAGAAUCCUUUCAGCCCCAUCAAGAAGAUGCAUCCUUAAUAUUGAGUCUCUUGUUUUUCAGUAGCAUUGAAUUGUUUUUGGUGUUUUGGACCCAGUGCUACGGAUCCUGUUGAUGUUUCUAUUAUGACUGCCCCUUAACCUUGGAUCUUGAGAUUCUGAUAAUGUUGAAGAUAACAGGGUUUCCAACAAAUCCCUUGAAAAUAUGGUAGCUUACUGUAUUAAUAACAAAUUUUACCUAUGGGUUUUUGACUGUAGUUAGGAGUUUUUAAGAAUAACAGAUUUCUUCAUAUUUUGCAUCCCAAACUAAAAAAAAACAAAAACAAAACAGGGUUAUAUUAUAUUUUUAAAUAUCCUAAGGAAUAGUUAUGCAGACAUUAAGAAAUGUGUUUGUCUCAUGCGUGGCUCACCACAUUGGAAGCUGAUGUGACUGGAGGUGGGGGUUUGAAGUGCAGUAGAAUGGAGGCAUUGGGCUCUCAUUCUCUCAUGGAAACACCUCUUGAGGGAAAGAAUAGAUUACAGCAAUAUCUGAAUACUGCUGUUAAGUAGUUGUAGUCCCCACUUAACAUGUGCAGGAAGCCUAGGAAAUAGAAUAAGAGUUACGCCUUUUAAAAAAAAUCACCUCAACAAUGAGUUCCAUUGUGUUUCCAAUAAUUCAGUGAUGAGUUUUGUCAGGACUUAACCUAAUCCUGUUUUUUAAAAAAUUGUGCUUUGUAAGUAAACGUCAAGUCUAGUGAUGUCCUUUCAAAAUAAAAUAAGGGAACAGGAAGAAUGGUUUCUUUUUGAAGUCAUCUUUUUUUUUUUUUGCGAUAAUAUUUUGUCUUUUAUUUAAAAGAUCAAAGUAAGAUCAAAAGAUAAGACCUUCUAGAUCCAUUUCAUGGAUGUGACAGCAGAGGUAUUUAGUGGGGACUGAUGAGUGUAUUGGGGCAGUUGAGAGAGAAAUGUGUCCUUGUGACAGUUUUCCACUUUAAAAUGCAGGAGGAGAAGGGACAUUUAGAGAUAAGGAAAUUACUUUGGAAAACGUUGCCUAUGGAAUACUUGGUGCCGAAUAAGUGUUUUUGGAAAGAAAUGUUGGGUAAUACUGAAAGGAAAAAGUAGAAACUAACCAAAUGUGUUAUGUUGCUCUGAAAAAUCAUUUGCAUAAAGCAGGGCCUUUUACAGAUUUUUACAAGUAUUUUAUUGUACCUACACUUGAUAAAAUUCUACAAAUUCAUUAUACAUUUAUUGACGUAUAUAAUCUUAAAUUGGCCAGUUAGAUCUUAAUAAAUCUUGGGAUAUAUUGUUAACCCAGAACAUUUAAAAACUGACAUUCAGAUUGCUUGAUAUUCCGAUGUAUUAAUUGGAGAGUGAUUUUUUUCAUUAACUUAAAAAAGAAACUACAAAGAAAUGAGUUACAAGGAAGAGUCAUGAAUAUGCAUUACAGAAUAAAAUAAAAACACACUGAUAAAAUCUCCUUUUUAAAUAAUUUUCUAUCUUUUUCACAUGCUAAACUGAAGCUUACCACUGUUCUUGGCUAUAAAAAAAGCAUUUCUGAAACAAACCGACAACAUAAACUAGGAAAAAGUUUCUUUUUCAUUGGUACAAAUAAAAUGUAAGUAUUGCAAAAAUCAUUUUGCUAAUCCAUUUGCAUGCAAACAUCGUGAUAGUAAGAAAUGGAAGUGGUAAUAGUUUAUGAACUUGAAAGUAGUAAAACUGCAUUUCAGUUAAAUUCUUAAGGCUGAUUCAUCAGAUCAGAUUGUCCUUUCCCAGCAAAAGUAAAUUAAUUGGAUUAAAUUGUACUGUUUUCUAAUAUACAUUGUCAGAAUCUUUUUUUUUUUUUUUUUUUGUUAAAUCUCAGACAGGAUCCUUAAUCGAAUAAGUAGUUUGGUAAAGGAAAAGACUAGAUUAGAUAGUUAGCUACAUUAACAUUCUGUGGUAGCAACAGUUUGUUACUGCUCAAAAGAUGGACUUUGAGAGAAGGGGUCCUGUCCUUUGCUGUCCUUCCAGAUACUUUUUGUCAUUGAAGUCAUCUUUUCCAUGUUAAUUGGUGUGUUUGCUUAUUUAUCCAUGACUUUCAUUUUCUGAUCAGGUGAUCAAAAAGCCUAGAUUAAGUACAUAAAGCUUUUUAAAACUUUUUCUCCUAUUGAUCACCCUAAGUUUGGUAGUUUGGGUCAGUAGUUUGGAUUUAAUCAAGUAACUUAUUUUUAGUUCCUGUUAAAGUCACUUCCAGCUUACCAGUGAAAAAUAGUAAGGAAAAAUUGAAGUAUCUGCAUUCAGGUUUGACCACAUUACUUGAUUAAAAGAAAUCAAAUCAUAGAAAUAGACAUUUUGGUGGGUGCUGCAUCAAUUUGUGGGUAGAAUGACCCAAUGAAUAUUUAAUUAGGUCAACUGAAUGUCUUUCAUACCAAGUGAUAAUUUUACCUAUAUUAGAAAGGGAUUUGAAAUGAGUCAAGAAUGAGAUUGUUUUCCCACAACAUUCCACUAGCUUUGUAAUGACAGCCCUAGCAUAUUAAAUUGCUUUUGAAUGGUUAACAGUUCAGCAGACAUGAAGUCUAAAGAUUUUUAUGCUGCAUUUAAAAUGUUUAUGUUGCACUGCUGUUCAUUAGAUGACGGUGUUUACGCACCAGUCAAUACUGGAAACUUGAAUUGCAUUCUGCACCAACUCCCCUCACCUCGGAGGUCAUUUAUCUCCCCAUGUAUCUUCCUUUUCUCAUGAUUUACAUUAAUAGUUGGCUUUAUGUUAAAUGCAAAGGAUAUGGUAUCUCCAGUCUUUACCCAAACCAAAAAGGACAGUAUUCCCAAGGUGUGUGAAAUACUUAAACUAUGCUUUAGAGCGAAUUUAUAGCAGUAAAGCGGUGAAUUUAUUCAGUUGAAAGUCCUAAUAAAAUCCGUGGAUCCAGUCACAGAAGUGCCACUGAAAGCAGAAGUGGCGCUGUUAUUCAUUGGAAUUCCCUUAUGUGUAACACAGCAGUGACGAGUAUUUGGCUUCUACGUCAGUGCUUGUUUUUCAACUUUUGCAUUUUUACUAUGAUUCCUUGUGGCAUAUCUCAAUCACUUUUUAAAGGUCUUUUAAAAAUCAUGCUUUUAAAAAUUUUGUAUAAUUUUCAGGGUUUUUUUUUAUAGUUUUAUACUUUGUGUUCCUUUUAAAGAGCAAAUGCAAAUAGUAUGUAUUUGGCAGGACUAAAUAAAUUCAACUGAUGCAUACGUUUGUAUUCUUUUGUAUUCUUUUGGGUUGUCUUAUCGGAGAAACUACUUCUUUGGAUUUUGGGUUUGGUAAGGACUUUACUGAUCAUUUAGUUUCUUGUUUUAUUUUGGGAGUAACUGAAGCUGAAUUUGUGAGUGUGUUUAUUCAUUCAACAAGUAUUAUUGGGUCCUUGUGCCAGGUACCGUGCAAGCUCCAUUCUGAGAGACGGACGUUAUAAAGGCAGCUACUGCUUCUACUUCUGUAAGUAGUAGAGUGUAGUAGACCAAAAGCCCGGUCUCAUUACCCUAUGGGGGUACCUUUUCCCACUAUACUACCAUUUUCCGACACUGGUAACAUUUUGGGUGCAUAUGAUACAAAGUAGGGUCAUAUAUAUUUAAAAAAAAAAAAGAUAACCAUGCAAGAUGGAUAGACAAGAUCCAGAGGAGGGAAGGCUUUAGGCAGAGGUUUCCUAUGAUUCUUCAAAUAAUAACUCUCUUCCCAAGUCUUCAAAGAGAUGUUCUUUCUUUAACACAGUAUAAUACACAUGAUCUUAAAUAGUCUACUCAAGGAAUAUAUUUAUUGACAGUCAAGCUUAUUUUCUUGACUUUGAGGGGGGUAGUUUUCAAAUUAGUCUAAACCAAUUCUUUUCCACUGUGUUCUAAGAGUCAACUUUAGGAAAUUGUUUCAAAUCUAUGUGAAAAAAGUUGAAUUGCUUUGCAAAUAAUUGUGUAUGUAUACCAGUCAAGGUGUUUAUGCUCCAAGUAGAACAAGCCUACAGACUGGGGCUGAUGAUGUGAACUAAACUAUCAGAAUAAACAGAAAAUAGACAAGAAAAGACUCAUACUGCAAUAGCUUUACUUACACAGCGCAGUAAGGUCCAACAUCAGAAAGAAUGGGAGGAAGGUAAGCAAUUAUGAUAAUUCAGAUUUUUCACUAUAGUUAUUUCUUACUUAAUUUUGUGAUUUUACCACAAUAUUGAGAACUUCUUACAGAUGGGUAAUCUGACCCAAAUUUACUUUAGCAUCAACUUAUUCCAUCCUCUUGCUUGCUUCGUAUCCACCAUUUUGAGUUUCUCACCACACUCUCAUGACUCUGAGACUUUGGACGUGCCUUCCCCUGUCCCUGAAAUGCCCUCCUCCACUUUCUUCAACGGGUAAACUUCACUUCACUGGUAAGGAUCCAAUUAUGGUCUCACCUGCUUUUAUCCUAGGCCAUUGCAAGCCAAUGAGUCACCUCGCAUCUGUGUCACAUGUUAUUUUCAUUGUACCUUUCUCAGUAUUGCACUGCAUGGUGUAUCUUUACACUGCUGUAGAUUGUGAGCCCUCUGGGUAGACUGUGUCUUACUUGGUUUUGGGUACCUGUGCCUAGUCAGAAGGCCUCCAGGAGAUGCUUGUUGAAAUAAAAAUGAAAAAAAAGAAUAAAUUUCAGUGCUGUGUCAGUUAGCUUUUGCUGCAUAACAUGCAAACCCCCAAAUUAGUGGCUGACAAUAUAUUUACUCAUGGCUGGCU